AGAGAGGUUUAAGUUUCUCUUCCCCCUGGCCCCUCAGUACCCAGCCACCCUUCAGCCCCACCAAGGCUCACUGGCUUUUUCUCUUUUGUCCUUGUCUCAGUCCAUUUCUCUUUCCCCAUCUUGACUAUGAGGCAAAAGUGUGAGCUGAGUGUCAUAGUUCUCUGGCCCCAUACCUCUUAGGUGAAAGCCCAGUAUUCAGAACUGCCUCAAUGGGACCACAGCACCCUAUUCUGACUACUUCAGAGCACUGACUUGUCUUUAUUCCUCCUCCUAGGCUGGGAGCUUUUUCAGGGCAGGGACAGGAAAAACAAGAUGAAUUCAGCUCUAUUCCUCUGCCUGUGCCUCCUUUCCUUGGCAGUUACCCCAACUCCUACCCCACUCCAGGUGCUUGAAGGAUGACAGACAAGAGACUCUUUGGGUGACGCUUAGGUGUGUCAGGGGCAGCGUCUUCCCAGCGCUGUAGACUCCACUGGCCUUGUCCUGUCUCCCCUCAGUGGUCUCUGAGGAGGAGGGGGCUGUUCCUCAAGCCAGUCCCCAAGCUUGAUUUGGGGUUAGGGAGAAGAGAAGCCACAGAUCACAUGCCUUCCUUGCUGGUUCUGGCUGCAGAUCAGCUUUUCCUUAGCGUCCUUCUCUCACCUGACCCAGCCUGCAAAUCCCUGCCUUGCUCCUUCAAACCUUCACUCAGCCCCAGGGAUGGCUCUGCAGGAUCUAUGCAAGUGGCAGGCCCCCGGCACCCUGGAACUAUUACCUCACCUGCCUCAGUCUGGUGGCUGGGCUGUGCCCCGGGGCUGUGACCCUCAAACCUUCUUGCAGACCCAUGGCCCCAGGCUGGCUCACGGCACCACCACCCUGGCCUUUCGUUUCCGUCAUGGAGUCAUUGCUGCGGCUGACACCCGUUCUUCCUGUGACAACUACGUGGAAUGUCCAGCCUCAUGCAAGAUCAUCCCUGUUCACCAGCACCUCUUGGGCACCACUUCUGGCACCUCUGCUGACUGUGCCACUUGGUACCGGGUGCUACAGCGGGAGCUGAGGCUGCGGGCACUGAGAGAAGGUCAGCUGCCCAGUGUGGCCGGUGCUGCCAAACUCUUGUCAGCCAUGAUGUCUCGCUACCGGGGACUGGAUCUGUGUGUGGCCACUGCCUUGUGCGGCUGGGACUGCUCCGGUCCUGCCCUCUUCUAUGUCUACAGCGAUGGCACCCGUCUGGAGGGGAACAUCUUCUCGGUGGGUUCUGGGUCUCCCUAUGCCUAUGGUGUGCUAGACCGUGGCUACCGCUACGACAUGACCACCCAGGAAGCCUACACCCUGGCUCGCUGCGCUGUGGCCCAUGCCACCCACCGCGAUGGCUACUCUGGGGGUUCUGUAGACCUUUUUCAUGUGCGAGAGAGUGGAUGGGAAUACGUGUCACGCAAUGAUGCCUGGGUGCUAUACUCUGAGCUGCAGAAGCUCUCGGAGCUGGAGAAGCAAGAGGAGGAGGAGGCCAGCCAGGCCCAUCUCAGGCCUGCCACUCUCCACAGAGCUGGCGAAGGUGGAGAACUCUCCCUUGGGCUGGUACCAGGAGACUCCAGGCUCCCUGUAGAGACUGAGACUCUGUGAGAAGCCUCAGGACUUGAGGGGGGCCCAGCCCAGGGAGUAGAUGGAGGAAGCAGCCUCACAGGCUCUGGCUCCAACCCUUAUGGGUGGCUGGCAUCAUUUGUUUCAAGUCUCCAUCUCUUUCCGCCUCCCAGAGCUAUUGAUGGCUCUGUCCAGCAUGUUCCUAUUGACGCCCAAUAGAUUGCUCUAGCCUCCUUCUUGGUGCCAAGUCCUUCUUUC